ACCUUACAAACCAUCAACUAUUGUUACUCUCAGUGUUACAAUAUCUGUUCCAAUUUUUUUCUCCGCUUUCUCUCGAUUCAUUCCAUUCACUUGCUUGCAAUGCUUCGUGUGCAUUCUUGACAUGGUGUUGGCCAUUUUGCAAGCCAUUGAACUAUACCAAGACUGUAAAAGGGCUCGUUGGGGGAGGCAGCAGGUAGUGGUUCAUGGGAAAUUGACAGCAAGGAAAUCAACUGGAACAAACUUCUUCCCAUAAUGCGUACCAACUAAUAUUUAACUGGGCUUUCUAUGACAAUUGGAGUGGCGUAGCAUGGCAAAUAAAGCCUUGAUAUGGACAUGAUUUCCUGUCAAGGAAUUCUAAGAUAUAUGCCAAUGAUAAAAUUCUUGUUGAGCUCCAUGUUAACAGGGAAAUCCUUGUUGAAGUGAAUGCCAGGAGCCUGUCAAGUUGCAAGCUGUGGGGAGGAAGCAAGCAGGUUCGAAGCAUUUUAAUGCAGGAAACACCAAAGACCCAUGAGAAUAAUUUAGGCAGGAUUCAAACUAUGUACUUUGUCACGCGGACACACCCUCAUCAUAGAAGGCUUAAUCUAUGCACACUAAUGGGACUGUUGGACCUGGGUUCUUGUUGUAGUCUCUUUGUUAUCUUGUCUUCUCUUUUGCAGGUUUAUGUUUUGGUUUCUUUUAUGAUAUGGACUGUUAACCUUGUCAAAUUUUCGAUUUAUAUAUAAACACUUUAUCCUACAAACCUUUACCGGAGAACUCCUUGUAUGAGCUACCUAAGCGCCCUUCCCUUCCAAUGCUUCGUGCUCUACGCUCUUCAUCAACAACUAUACUUCCCGAGCCGCCGCAACCCCAAGCUUUUCUCUCUACAAUUCAUCCCCACAUUGAUCCUUCCCAAACAAAAUGCACAACACCAAAGCCCUUUCCCUACACUUCAACCUUGCCAACUCUCUUGCAACCUAUUUCAGAUCAAAAUCCGCCUCCUCAUUUAUCCUAUGCACCCCUUUUCCAGUUCUUAACUGGCCAAAACUUCUUAAAAUUAGGGCAACAAAUCCAUGCCCACAUGACCCUUCACGGGCUUCAACCCAAUGCUUUUCUUGGCGCCAAAAUGGUUGCCAUGUAUGCAAGUUCAGGUGACCUUGAAUCAGCUGUAACAGUUUUCCGUAAAAUAAAAGACCCAACUUCUUUAUUGUAUAAUUCAAUUAUUAGAGCUUAUACAAAUAAUGGGUACCCUUUAAAAACUAUAGAUAUUUAUCGUGAAAUGCAUUCUUUACGGCUUAAGGGUGAUAAUUUUACGUUUCCUUUUGUGCUUAAAUCAUGUGCUAAUGUAUUGGAUGUUUGGAUGGGAGAAUGUGUUCAUGGACAAAGCUUGAGAUUUGGGUUGGAGUUGGAUGCUUACGUCGGCACGUCUUUGAUUGAUUUUUAUGUGAAGGUAGGUGAAUUAAGGGAUGCAAAUAAGGUGUUCGAUCUAAUGACUGUUAGAGCUGUGUCCUCUUGGAAUGCUUUGAUUGCAGGGUAUAUGAAAGAAGGGGAGAUACGGGUAGCUGAGGACUUAUUUCGGGGGAUGCCGUGUAGGAAUAUAGUUUCUUGGACAUCUAUGAUUUCUGGCUACACGCAAAACGGGUUAGCUGAGGAGGCAUUGAGUUUGUUUGAUGAGAUGUUGAAAGAAGAUUCUGAGGUUAAGCCUAAUUGGGUAACAAUUAUGAGUGUUUUACCUGCUUGUGCACAUUCAGCUUCUUUUGAACGUGGGAGACGGAUUAACGAAUAUGUGAAUAGGAUUGGUUUGGAAUCAAAUCCUUCGGUGCAGACUGCGCUUAUUGCUAUGUAUGCUAAAUGUGGUAGCCUUGUCAGUGCUCGUUGUUGUUUCGAUAGAAUACUGGAAAAUGAAAAGAAUUUGUGUGCUUGGAAUACAAUGAUCACCGCUUAUGCUUCUCAUGGUCAGGGUUUGGAAUCUGUCUCGACUUUUGAGAACAUGGUUAGAGCCGGGGUAUACCCUGAUGCAAUCACAUUCACAGGGUUGUUGUCCGGUUGCAGUCAUUCUGGUAUUGUCGAGUUUGGAUUAAGAUACUUCAAUUCUAUGCAGACAAAGUACUCUGUCGAACCAAGACACGAGCAUUAUGCUUGUGUUGUAGAUCUUUUGGCACGUGCUGGACGAUUGGUAGAAGCUAAGGAGUUCAUUAAGAAAAUUCCAAUGCAACCCGGACCUAGCAUUUGGGGUGCAUUGUUAGCUGCUUGCAGGAAAAGUAGAAAUUUAGAGAUUGCCGAGAUAGCAGCGAAAGAGCUGUUUGUUUUAGAGCCGGAGAACAGUUGUAACUAUAUUCUGCUUUCGAAUAUGUAUGCUGAAGCAGGCAUGUGGAAGGAGGUUGAUAAAUUGAGAGCUCGUUUAAAAUGUGAAGGCAUCAAAAAGAACCCUGGAUGUAGUUGGAUUGAGAUCAAAGGUAAAGCGCACUUGUUCCUCAGUGGAGAUUUAUCUCAUCCUCAGUCGAAGGAAAUAUAUAACCUGUUGGAAGCAUUGCCUGAGAAAAUCAAGGCAGCUGGUUAUAUACCUAACACCGGUUUUGUGUUGCAUGACAUAAGUGAAGAAGAGAAAGAACAAAACCUCAUUAUUCACAGUGAAAAGUUGGCCAUUGCAUUCGGACUACUUAACACAAACCCUGAAGUAGUUAUACGCAUAACUAAAAACCUUCGGAUCUGUGGGGAUUGUCACACGGUUAUCAAGUUCAUAUCGAAAAUCUAUGAACGAGAAAUAGUUGUGAGAGAUGUGAAUCGAUUCCAUCACUUUAGACACGGAGCUUGUUCUUGUGGGGACUAUUGGUAAUUUUGUAACAAAUUCAAGUGGCAGUGUGGCCUGCACUUGGAAAGUAAUCAGUUUGUAGACGUUAGACGUCGUAAAAGUUCAAAGGCAUGAUUGCAUUGGCAUGGAUGGUUUUAUGUAAAAUGCUUUAGUUCUGGACAAGUUCCUAUAGGAAGUUUUCAAGUAUGUAUGCUAUUGUUCUUUUUACUUUUUUAUGUGCAGAGCUGAAAGCUUUGUUCUGGAAAAAUAGCUUUACUUGCUGUCAGCAUGGCUAUCACAACUAAAGAUGUCAAGCUACAAGAAAACGAAGUUGUAUCUAAUAACAGAAAAAAAUAGAUUUUCAUUUUCCACUUCAGAAA